CACUGAAAUCAAGCUUUUUCAUUUAGUUCUUUUGUGUUAGUCGAGGUAGAAGUUUGUAAACAGAAUAUCGGAGAAUACCGCUAAGAUUCAGUUGAACGAUGACGCAUUAGCACCACCUGACUGGCUGAACUCAGGGCUUAUAGUGAGCGUUCUGGGAUACUAUGAGAAGGAACCCGUGACCAGCCAGAGAGCAACACUUCAUAUCGAAGCAAUUCUAUAACGAGAACUAAUCUCCAAGUGCUCGUUAGUAUUGACAAUUGAUUCAGUUGAAGUCGCCAUUCCGUAUCUGUGGUGUUGCCUACCGCCAGUGUGUCUUUCAACUGAUAUAACGAAGUUUAGAGAGCUGUUUUUCGGGAACUGAAAUAUUUUUAAAAGCUUUCCAACCAACAGAUAGUUGAUUUGUUGUUUUAUCGUUCGUCAGCAUGACUGUUUCUUAUAUUCACCUCAUUUAAAACUGAAAGUCUAAACAAGCAAACAAUAUUUGUUUUAUUGGGGACUUUCAAAAGCUUUCUGGCCCAAACAAAAACAAUAUUAGUUUCCAUUGGGUUUUCGGCUGUUCGCUAUCUUAAGAGCCGAAAUCGAACUGAUAAUAAUUUCGCAAAACUGUCAAACUAUUACACGAAAAGCUUUUAUGGUUUUAUUUAUAUUUGGCCGCCAUCGAAUACAAAAUAUUAUUGGAAAGAGAACCUCACUCGCGACAACAUGGCAGAGGAGCAUUACAAUGACGACGAGCUAAGCCCGCCGGAAUGGCUGAAUGUGCAGUUCAUAACAGAAGUUCUAAGUAGUUACGAAAAGGUUUCUGACCUAGAGGUUACCAAUUUGGCCUUCACCCCGGCAAGUGCUAAAGGAGAUCACUAUGCCAGCAUUAUGUUUCGCGCCAAGGUAGAGUAUCGAACCCCGAAGGGAAACUUCGCCAAGUCUCUGAUCAUAAAAACAAUGCCCGAGGAGGAGGGUGCGAAGAAGGACAUGUUUACAGAUUCCCCACUGUUCAUCACUGAGAUCGGGAUGUACAGCAAAGUACUGCCAGAGUGGGAGCGGAUCCUCCGGGAAGUAAAUGACACAACCAAGCUGCACGUGGACUGCAUCUACCACAGUCUGCAGCCGCGACAGGUGAUCAUCUUUGAGGAUCUUGUGGAAAUGGGAUAUGCAGUGGUGCGAAAUCGUUGGCUUAUGCAGGAGGAGAUUUGUAGUGCCUACUCCAAGCUGGCUAAGAUCCAUGCCAUAAGCAUGAAAACAAUAAAAGAGCGACCAGAAUACCUGCAGGAGUUUAAAUACGGAAUGUGUGAUAUGCCCGGUUUAAUGGACAGCCCUUUGAUAAACGCCGGAAUGGAUCCCUUUAUAGAACUUUUGGGAAGCACUCCUGAGUUGAAAAAAUACCAGCCGCAUUUUGAAAAAAUUAAGCUGCACUUUAAGAAUCGAAUUCAGGAGGUGAUGCAAGAGUAUCGAAACAAUCCGCAGCCAGGGUACUACGUACUGUGCCAUGGCGACUUUCACUCCCGAAAUAUGAUGUUCAAGCACAAUAAGGAAACGGGAUGCUUUGAGGACUGUAUGCUAGUGGAUUAUCAGGGCUGCAAUGUGGUUCCAAUGGCCGUUGAUCUGAUGUAUUCCAUCUAUAUGUUGAUGGGACCAGAGCAGCGAAGCCAGGAAUUAGAGUCCUUGUUUAAAUACUACUUUUCCAUCUUGCUGGAGACUCUCCGAAAAAUUGGCUACAAAGGAGAAAUGCCAACGCCUCUUAUGUUUUGGUCCGAAAUGAAACGGCAUAGAUAUUACGAGUUUCUUUUGCUGAGCACCUUCUUGCCAAUCUCAGUGGGUCUGAGAACCCAUGGCAUGGAUAUAGGAGAAAUGCUGCACAACGACGAAUCCCGUAAAAAGUGCUAUCAACUGAAGGAAGUUUUUGAAGAAACCAAAGAAAUGUUGGAAAGAUUUGAGAGAUCGGGAUAUUUUGAGGACCUGUAAAAGUAACUUCAAAAUUAUUAUUGUUCAGAUACGUUCGUUCUUUCUGCUAAAUACGGGAAACUCACGCAUGAAUAAAUAAAUCUUUCUCUUGCUUCUCGCUCUGAA